GCUCUUCAGUUGCCAAACAGACGUCGUGGCCGCCGCAGCAAAACGCAGAGUCGUUCGGCGCACCAAGUUCGUUUCCUCAGUCUUUCGUAUUUAACUACGAAUUUCACUUUUAACUGUUUGGCGAGCGCGCCAAGCUGAAGCGUACCGUUAUCGCGGCACGUUACGGAGUGAGUGACCCACACAUAUCGACCAUUCUCACGUUCGUCAACUUUGACCCGACCUGGUGCUGGUGGCCCAACCGUUGUACAAUUAAAUAACAAUCAAAGUAUAUAAUUGCGUACGAGCACAUUUCGCUUUUCUGAUGAGACAAAAACGAGUUCUCUUGGCUAUAUUUAAUUUGUGCGCGCAGUAAAAGUGGCAAGAACCACUAGGUGGUGUUGUUUGUGGUGUGUGUAUAGCUUUAUGUGCCCCAUUAAAGUCGUCGGGCGACGCAAUUUGCAUGAGCGACAGCUUCGAAUCUUUUCAACAAUUUAUACCAUACGAAAUGACUCAACGCUAAACAAUUUCUGGGGCCCGCGUGUGUGAGUGCGUCGCUGAGAAAAUAAAAAUUUCUGCCUGCUUGACUGAUAAUUUCUACGAUCCCCGCGCUUAUUGUUCAUUAAGUUUUUUGGUAUUUCUGGUGGCUGUUGUAACUGCUUGGAAUGGAUGAAUCGGAUCGUUGGCAAUAAUAAUCAUAAUGCCGAGUGAAAGCACCAACCUAGCAUGACACGGCUCAAUUGGGCCGCUUAACGCUUUCAUUCAACCCACAAGCGGUCUGGACUCGAAACCCAUUCGAACAUAAACCAAGAACUAGUACACAUAGCAUCGCAUCACUGGCCUCCGCCUCAUCCUCAUCCUCCUUCCCCAAGUUCCUCCUAUUAAAAGGGGAACCAAGGCCACCAUUCAACCACCCUCCCCGCCUGGCAGCAUAAUUUCUCUCGAAAAAACCGCACUUCGCACAUAUCUUCCACCAAAACCGCAACCGAAUAACACGAAUAAUGAAUUAUCAGAAGGCCAGUGAAAAGCAGUCGCCGUCCUCAUUGAAGAAGCGACCGCCGGGCGGCAACGGCAAUAGCAUACAAAACUUUUGGAACGAACGCAUUAUGGAGCGCUUCAUAAAGGCGAAUCUAUUCAUUAUCUGCUGCGUGGUGGCGGUUCUUUUGCUGAUCGUCUAUCUGGGGGCCUUCUCGUGCGAGGUCUCUUGGAUACUGGAGGCCCACGGCGAGCUGCCCUUCGCCGCCUACACGCUCUGCUCGCUCUACUUCGUCAUGUUCGUGGCCACCACGAUCCUCAUCCACGGCCUGGUCAGCGGGCUCUGCUGGCCCCUGUUCGCCUGGUCGGGCAUCAUCGGCCUGCUCUCGAUCCCCGAGCUGGUCUUUGUCAUGAUCAUGACCACCCAGCACUGGGGACUCCAAUCGGUGCAUGGACUGACCGAGCUGACCUCCUACCUUAUUCGCCUGAUCAUCAACUGCUUCGCGCUGAUCUGCGUGAUUCCCACAGGCAUCCGGUGGCGUCGGGAAACUCAGGUGCUGAGCCAGCUGCAGGGCUUGGCCACCAGACUCUCCCUGCAAACGCCCGCACCCAGUGUCCCCAUGACCAAGGCGGACUCCCGGCGUUCCAGCCAGCGGCUAAGUGGAUUCGAGAACGCCGGCUACCAGCUGUGCGAUGAAACAGGCUCCAAGAUACCACUGGGUCCGGGAAUGGGACUGGGUCUGAACAACCAAGGUGGCGGCAGUCAGGCGUUUGGCUCCCAGAAUGAGUUCAAUGCCAGCAUGUUUGCUCCGGCCUUGGCCCAGCAAUACAACAACGGCACCCUGAUGCAGCGAAAUGGGGCAGGUGGAGCAAAUGGUGGCCAUCGCGCUCAGUCUUUGAUGGAUCUGCGCUGCACCCUGCCUGGAAUGUACAAUCCGCGACAUGUGCUCGAUACGGAGGACAAGAACGCCAAGUACUUCAACAUCACCAUCGAUGAUUUGAAGAAUAAUCUGCAGGAUUCGCAUCGACCGUCGCCGCCUUCGCUGAUUGGCUCCACCAGCAACGAUCCCAUCUACUGUUCCAUCGAACCCAAACAGUUGACACCACCACCCGCUAAGCAGAGGGGCCACCAUCGUUCACGCGGAACUCACAAGCAGCCGCCAACGGGCAAACUGUCCCGGAAUUGCGUGUCCCUGGAGAACCUGGACGGGAUCAGCAAGGUGCAGAAUGACUUGACCGCCUACGGGAACAAUCUCCUCCAGAACUACACGCAACAGCAGCAGUACUACCUGGCCAUGUUGCUGCACCAGCAGCAGCAGCAGCAGCAACAGUUGCACCACCAACAGGCGGGCGGCAUCUAUCGUCGGCCAUCCAACUGCAGUUCCACGGGAGGAUUCGUCGGCACCGUGCUGGCACAACCGAUGCAGCGACGCGGCUCCACCCACAGCCAGCAGAUGCAGUAUUACGGUGGCUUCGGCUAUGCCAACUACGCCAAUCCGUACAUCACGGCCAACAGCAAGCUUUCGUUGGGCAACGAAUCCGACGACUACCGGAAGUACCGCGAUGUGGCUCUCUGAGUCCUUCCGCGUUCCAGAUCCCAAUCGAUCAUCAGUCAGCGCUUAGGUUACACUCACUAGUUGUAGGACAUGCUCGACAUAGAAUGAGAUUCCUCGGAAUAACGACCAAAGAGCCACAAACUAACUCAGUUUCAGUUCGUAGACUAACGUUACACUGGGAGAAUCUUAUACCACGUUUAUACGCAGGUUCUAUUUGUUAGAUAUAGCUAAAAUGGGUCUGCAAAUAUUUGGUUAUUUGCAAAAUCAAUAAUCUCACACAUAUGUGUUACUUUAAAUAACACGCCUUAUUGGCAACUAAAAAAACGUUUUCAAUGAGAGACUCCACUGAAAAAAUAGUGCGGUAUAAAUUGAACAGCAAACAAAAACAAAUUGUAGAAAAAUCACAUAUAGAACUUUUCUCGAAGAGAAAUUGUUAAUUUUUUUGACAAACAUUUAUAGCAGGCGUAUAAACUAAGUAAUAGAGCAACUGGUCAAAUUAACGUGACUUGCUCAGAGCGAAUCCCCAAGUUUAGUUCUAAGAAUCGACCACACAUCGACAUUGACAUUCAUUGUUUAUUAUAGUUACUAGGAAUACGGAUAACAAUACUCUGAUCGACAGUCUAACCAUCCACAGAUCAAAAACUGUAAAUAUAUGUAAUAAAAGGCAUUCAUGUUUUUACUCGAAA